GAGCUAUUCCCGGUCUUGUUUGUUUAGUGCAGAAGGGGCGUUUUUUCCGUCUGGAUCUGAUGUCCAGGGUGUGAGGUGUCUUCUCUCCCGGGCUCCUGGAGCAGUCUGGAGGUUGCCGCACUCUGGGCCGCGGCCUUGUGCCCUGUCGUGAGGGCCCCCAUUUCUUCCGACCAUGCCCGCGGCCGCUGCCCCCAUCAUAAGCUCCGUCCAGAAGCUGGUUCUGUACGAGACCAGAGCUAGAUACUUUCUAGUUGGGAGUAAUCAUGCAGAAACAAAAUAUCGUGUUUUGAAGAUUGAUAGAACAGAACCGAAAGAUUUGGUCAUAAUUGAUGAUAGGAUUGCCGGUUUCUCAAAUAUGUUGGUAGCUACAGUUUGGAACCCAUUUUCACAUGUAUAUACUCAGCAAGAAGUGAGAGAACUUCUUGGCCGCUUGGAUCUAGGAAAUAGAACAAAGAUGGGACAGAAAGGAUCCUCUGGGUUAUUUCGAGCUGUUUCAGCUUUUGGUGUUGUAGGUUUUGUGAGGUUUCUAGAAGGCUAUUAUAUUGUGUUAAUAACUAAAAGGAGGAAGAUGGCAGAUAUUGGAGGUCAUGCAAUAUAUAAGGUUGAAGAUACAAAUAUGAUCUAUAUACCCAACGAUUCUGUACGAAUUACUCAUCCUGAUGAAGCCCGGUAUCUACGAAUCUUUCAAAAUGUGGACCUAUCUAGCAAUUUUUACUUUAGUUACAGCUAUGAUUUGUCCCACUCACUUCAAUAUAAUCUCACUGUCUUGCGAAUGCCCCUGGAGAUGUUAAAGUCAGAAACAACCCAGACUCGCCAGGAGAGUUUCGACAUCUUUGAAGAUGAAGGAUUAAUUACACAGGGUGGAAGUGGAGUAUUUGGGAUCUGCAGUGAGCCUUAUAUGAAGUAUGUGUGGAACGGUGAACUUCUGGAUAUAAUUAAGAAUACUGUGCAUCGUGACUGGCUGUUGUAUAUUAUUCAUGGGUUCUGUGGACAGUCAAAGCUGUUGAUCUAUGGACGACCAGUCUAUGUCACUCUAAUAGCUAGAAGAUCCAGUAAGUUUGCCGGGACCCGCUUUCUCAAGAGAGGCGCAAACUGUGAGGGCGAUGUUGCAAAUGAAGUGGAGACUGAACAAAUACUCUGUGAUGCUUCUGUGAUGUCUUUUACCGCAGGAAGUUAUUCUUCUUAUGUACAAGUUAGAGGAUCAGUGCCUUUAUACUGGUCUCAGGACAUUUCAACUAUGAUGCCUAAACCACCUAUUACGUUGGAUCAGGCAGAUCCAUUUGCACAUGUGGCUGCCCUUCACUUUGACCAGAUGCUUCAAAGGUUUGGUUCCCCCAUCAUCAUCUUGAAUUUAGUGAAGGAACGAGAGAAAAGAAAGCAUGAGAGAAUUCUGAGUGAAGAACUUGUAGCUGCUGUGACGUACCUCAACCAGUUUUUGCCUCCUGAGCACACCAUUAUUUAUAUUCCUUGGGAUAUGGCCAAGUACACCAAGAGCAAGCUGUGUAAUGUUCUUGAUCGACUGAAUGUGAUUGCAGAAAGUGUGGUGAAGAAAACUGGGUUCUUUGUAAACCGCCCUGAUUCUUACUGUAGCAUUUUGCGGCCAGAUGAAAAGUGGAAUGAACUAGGAGGAUGUGUGAUUCCCACUGGUCGCCUGCAGACUGGUGUUCUUCGAACCAACUGUGUGGACUGUUUAGACCGCACCAACACGGCACAGUUUAUGGUGGGAAAAUGUGCUUUGGCUUAUCAGCUGUACUCCUUGGGACUGAUCGACAAGCCUAAUCUACAGUUUGAUACAGAUGCAGUUAGGUUAUUUGAGGAACUCUAUGAAGAUCAUGGGGAUACCCUGUCCCUUCAGUAUGGUGGUUCUCAACUUGUUCACCGUGUCAAAACCUACAGAAAGAUAGCACCAUGGACCCAGCACUCAAAAGACAUCAUGCAGACCCUGUCUAGAUAUUACAGCAAUGCUUUUUCAGAUGCUGAUAGACAAGAUUCCAUUAAUCUCUUCCUGGGAGUUUUUCAUCCCACUGAAGGGAAACCUCAUCUCUGGGAACUCCCAACAGAUUUUUACUUGCAUCAUAAAAAUACGAUGAGACUUUUACCAACAAGAAGAAGUUACACUUACUGGUGGACACCAGAGGUAAUAAAACAUUUACCGCUGCCUUAUGAUGAAGUUAUCUGUGCCGCGAACUUAAAGAAGUUGAUAGUGAAGAAAUUCCACAAACAUGAAGAAGAGAUUGACAUCCACAACGAGUUCUUUCGACCAUACGAACUGAGUAGUUUUGAUGAUACCUUUUGCUUGGCUAUGACAAGUUCAGCACGUGACUUUAUGCCUAAGACCGUUGGCAUUGAUCCAAGUCCAUUUACAGUGCGUAAACCAGAUGAAACAGGAAAAUCGGUAUUGGGGAACAAAAGCAAUAGAGAAGAAGCUGUAUUACAGCGGAAAACAGCAGCCAGUGCCCCGCCUCCCCCCAGCGAGGAGGCUGUGUCCAGCAGCUCUGAGGAUGACUCUGGGACCGACCGGGAAGAAGAGGGCUCUGUGUCUCAGCGCUCCACUCCAGUGAAGAUGACCGACACGGGAGACAGUACCAAAGUGACUGAGAAUGUGGUCCAGCCCAUGAAAGAAGUAUAUGGAAUUAACCUCUCAGAUGGUCUCUCAGAAGAAGAUCUCUCCAUUUAUUCAAGAUUUGUUCAGCUGGGUCAGAGUCAACAUAAACAAGAGAAGAGCAGCCAGCAACUCUGUUCCAGGUGCCCAGAUGGAGUUAUAAAACUAACACCUAUCUCAGCUUUCUCACAAGACAACAUCUAUGAAGUACAGCCUCCAAGGGUAGACAGAAAAUCUACAGAGAUCUUCCAAGCCCACAUCCAGGCCAGUCAAGGUAUCAUGCAGCCUCUUGGAAAGGAAGAUACUUCCAUGUACCGAGAAUACAUCAGGAACCGCUACCUGUGAAGAGAAAACAGGUCCCCCCAUGAAUUUGCCUACAUUGUAAUCUGUUUUAUCUCCUCUUAAAAAGUUAAUUUCCUGGGAGUCCUUUACAUCUGAAAGUUUUUCCUCUUUUUGUAACUGGUGAACUACAAAUUACAGGAAAUAAAGAAAUGCUUAAAUA